AUGGAGAAGAGAGGUCUUGCUAUUCAAGAGAACAGUCUUCCCACCUUCUCUUUCAAUUUUGAGGACUGUGGUCCUCACAAACCCAUACUUGUCCUCACAAACCCAUUCAUGCAGACACCCAAAAGGAUCAUCCAGGUGGUGGCUGCUAGGAUCUGCCUUGUAGAGCACGAGGAUGUGGGCUCAGAUUCUGGUUUGGCUGUUCAAUUAACCCCCAGACGAUGGCUCAACCUGCAGGAGUACCAAAGCAAAAAAAUAAUGGCAGACCAUGGGGUUACAGUUCAGAGAUUCUUUGUAGCUGAUUCUGCAAAUGGUGCCCUGGAGGCUGCUCAGAGACUGAAGGCAAAGGAAAUUGUUCUGAAGGCACAGAUUCUGGCUGGAGGGAGAGGGAAAGGUAUUUUCAAUAGUGGAUUGAAAGGAGGAGUUCAUCUAACUAAAGACCCUAAGACUGUUGAACAGCUUGCUAAACAGAUGAUUGGGUACAAUCUGUCAACCAAGCAAACUCCAAAGGAUGGUGUGACAGUUAAAAAGGUGAUGGUUGCAGAAGCACUGGAUAUUUCCAGGGAAACGUACUUUGCAAUUCUGAUGGACAGAGCCUGCAAUGGACCUGUCAUGGUUGGCAGUCCACAGGGUGGUGUGGACAUAGAAGAAGUUGCAGUAACUAGUCCAGAACUUAUCUUUAAGGAGGAAAUAGAUAUUUUUGAAGGCAUAAAGGAUCAUCAGGCAUUGCAGAUGGCAAAAAAUUUGGGAUUCCAAGGACCUUUGCAGCAGCAGGCAGCAGAUCAAAUUAAGAAGCUGUAUAAUCUUUUCUUGAAAAUUGAUGCCAUUCAGGUUGAAGUCAAUCCCUUUGGUGAAACUCCAGAAGGGCAAGUUGUUUGCUUCGAUGCCAAGAUAAACUUUGAUGACAACGCAGAAUUUAGGCAAAGGGAAAUAUUUGCCAUGGAUGACAAGUCUGAAAAUGAGCCCAUAGAGAAUGAAGCUGCCAAAUAUGACUUAAAAUAUAUAGGACUCGAUGGAAACAUUGCUUGCUUUGUCAAUGGAGCUGGACUGGCAAUGGCAACAUGUGAUAUAAUAUCCCUGAAUGGUGGAAAGCCAGCCAACUUCUUGGAUCUGGGAGGAGGUGUGAAGGAAGCACAAGUCUAUCAAGCAUUCAAACUGCUGACUGCUGAUCCCAAGGUUGAAGCAAUCCUUGUGAACAUAUUUGGUGGGAUUGUGAACUGUGCCAUCAUAGCCAAUGGUAUCACCAAAGCCUGCCAAGAGCUCGAGCUGAAAGUGCCUCUGGUGGUCAGGCUGGAAGGAACAAAUGUCCAGGAAGCCCAGAGGAUUCUGAGUGAAAGUGGACUCCCCAUCACGUCUGCCAAUGACCUGGAGGAUGCAGCAAAGAAGGCAGUGGCAAGUGUGGCCAAAAAAUAACACCUUGAAGGUUCUUCUCAUGGAAAACUUGUGUUUCACAAGGUAUCAUUCCUGCUGUUGUCCCAGAGGAUUCAUAGAGCUCUCCCAAGCAGGGGUCAGGAUUUAACUGGAGAUACCUGGCCAACCCAGGCCAUAGCUUGCAAGUUGGCCUUCAGAAAUUUUGCAGCUACAAUCUUCAAAAGUUUGUAUGUCUUUGUCUAAUUUUGGUAAUUUUGUUAGUCACAGCUGUAAUAAGUAAUACUUCACUCCCUGAAGUUCUUUUUUGUCUCUCCUUCCUAAAUUGCCACUGAUAAACUCAUGAUAAGACAAAAUAAGUAAUAAUUGACUUCUGCCAACAGAAUUGUUCCUUAAUCAAACACUUCUAGGUCACCUAUUUCACAAUAUUUUCAUUUGCCUUUUUAUGUUGUAAAGAGUCAGAAAACUAACUGUGGCUUUAUAUUUUUUAUGGACUUUUACAAUAAUGUAAAAAGCUGUGCUUACAAUCUAUUUUUAUUCAAAUGAAUGAUGUUUACUUUCUUUACUUGGAAACCACUGGUUUUGCCUUAAGGUGAUUCUCUUUUGUUGAUGCCAAUGGAUACCUCACAAUAGGAAAAGGGACUGAGAAGUUGAUAGUGAAAGGAUCUCCCACUCUUACUGUGCCUCUAAACCACUGAAAUGUGAUUCAUUUCUUUUCUGGUUUUUGGAAAUGCCCUGCUGUAUUUCCAGGUGUAGCAGUGCCAUCCAGGGGGCUCCAGCAGGAUGUUUCUGCCACUAAGGAAAUGGCUGCUAACUUUUUAAAAUAACCUCUUUUGUGAGAAUGUCACUGCUCUGAGGUUUUAAAGAUGAGAAACUGAAGCAGUUUUAUUUCAGGAGCACGGAGAAUUCUUCAUCUGAUUUGCCUUCCAACAACCAUUUCAAAUUUAUUGGGAAUAAAACACAAAUGAACUUUUCAAUUUUUUAAGUUUUUGACUUCUCAGGCAUCAGUAGCAAUAUGUAUAAGAAAAAAACCCCCUAAUUUUCAGGACUCAGAUAUUGACCAAGAUUCAUUUUGAUUAUAUUCUCUUUUGUAGAAUAUAAUCAAAAUGAAUUAUAUUUCAAAAUUCAAGCUGUUAGUUACACAAAUCAUUCAUUCAGGGAGCAGAAGACAAUACUAAAGAUCUUGUGUAACUAAAGAACUUUGUACAAAUCUCACUCUGCCCAGGAAUUAUGUGCUGAAAAUCAUCAAUAAAUUUGAACAGUGAACAAAUGAGGGGACAUUAUGAUCUGGUCUUGUAAAUGGGCAGAGAUAUAAAAAUUUGUGAAAUAAAUUCCUAAUUGUGAUUUUUUUGAGCAGCUCUAAUCAAUACCGUGCUCUGCUUAGAAAAAUGUAAAUAAAUUUUUCUUGACAUUUCCAUUAAAACUGUUACAUUCAAAAUGAAUUAUCUGCACUAAUCUUUGGUUCCUGACACAAAUAGUGCAGAUGGGUUGCUAUCAUCAAUUCCUGCAGGUUUUUCCUUCUCCAUUCCUUUCUCUACAUAUUGCUCAAGGAAAAAAUGUGUGACCAUUAGAAGAGCAAUAAAUUUGCCUGUAGGUCUGUAGUUAUUGGCAGAAUGGAGAAGGGUAUCCUUAGCAGCUUUCCUGGAGGUGCAUCAAAGCCACACUGCUCUGAAGGAAGAAAUGUUUACCUCACCACAACAAAUAAGAGUCACAUUCUAUUUUAUAUAUUUUAAUACUGGAAAGUUAAGAUUCUGUGGAAGAACUGUUUGUGCAAUGUUGUCACACACUGUGUCCCUAACUCUGGUCUCAAAACCAUCCACUGUGCAUACACAAUUACUAUUUUGCAAAGAUUAAUACUGUGUACAUUAUUUUGUCAAAUAAAUGUAAAAAUGAACAU